AUCACGUGCGCCUACAGCUUCCCGCGCUGUAGACCUUGAGGCUUGACCCUGUGCAGCAAGCUCCUUCGACCACGGAAUGCCACAGAAGGAACGUCGUACGUCGUUGACCGUCAAUUUCCCAUCACAUGAGGAGGAUCCCACCUCCCAGAUUCCAUGGCCUUCAGGAAGGAGGUCGGAUUCCCAGCCGGGAUCACCUGAGGUUGAGGAGUUUCGUGCACCACUUCACAUCCCAGGAACUCCUACACCUUCAGAGCUUUCAGAGGACGAAGAUGGCCCAUCGGCAGCGUUGGCGAAACGUCGCGGGUCCGUAAACGAGCGAGCUUUGAAAAAGCAUAUGACCACGAUGGAUUUGUUCGCGCUCAGUAUAUCGAUGGCUGGUGCGCAAAUAAUAUGGACAAUGGAAUUGGGUUGGGGAACUCCUUUCCUCCUCGACAUGGGCCUUUCGGAAAGUGCCACAAGCUUAGUGUGGCUUGCUGGCCCUAUCAGUGGGCUCAUUGCCCAGCCGCUCAUUGGUGCUAUCUCGGACGCCUCUACCUCGAAAUAUAGACGUCGUGCAUGGAUUGUUGGGGCAACUGUGACUAUUACCGUUGUAUCAUUGAUCCUGGCUUUCACGAACGAAAUAUCCGGAUUCAUCGUGGACCUUUUUGGCGGUGGAGCUGGAGAUUGGGAUCCGGUCCGAAAGGGAAAGGUCAAUAGCACGGCAAUUGCCAUCUCCAUUGCGAGUUUCUACUUCUUAGAUUUUGCUUUAAAUGCACUUCAGGCAUCGCUCCGGAACCUUCUUCUCGAUAUCACGCCUAGCGACCAACUGGCGGAAGCUAAUGCAUGGCAUGGAAGAAUGACUCAUGCGGGAAAUGUAAUUGGGUUCGGCAUUGGAUUUCUUAAUCUCGCCGAAUGGAAGAUUCUACACUUUUUGGGGGGUUCUCAGUUCCGAAAAGUUUGUAUUCUCAGCCUUGUGGUUCUCAUCAUCACUGUGUGGUGGACUUGCUGGACUCAAAUCGAGGUCUCUGGAGCGAAAGGCUUUAAGAAUCGUGAGGAGGGAUUGCACCAAAUUUUCAAGAAUAUAUAUUCUUCUGUUGUCAAUCUGCCUAAGCCUGUUAGGAGGGUAUGCUUCGUCCAAGUUUGUGCAUUCAUGGGAUGGUUCCCUUUCUUAUUUUACGGGACAACCUGGAUUGGUGAAGUUAUGGCUCGGGAACGGGGCCUAGACCCUCCAGUCGAAGAAGCUACACGGGCGGGCGACUUUGCGAUGCUGUGGUACAGUAUUGUGGCCAUAUUCGCUGGAACGUUGCUCCCGUGGCUCAACCAGCGUGAUCGCCGACUCUUGGCAUCUGAAGAAGACGAGAACGUCGACCAGGAAUUGGCCCGCAUCCGUGCUAUGGUCAGAGAGUGGAAGGCAGAAGCAGCUAGAGCUGGAAAGCCGCUACAGUUGCCCACCAUGCCGUUUAUGCUGCGGAACAUUUGGACGGCUGCUCUCGUUCUUUUCGUGGCCGUAAUGGCGUCGACAUUCUUUAUUCAAACCGUUUUCCAUGCUUCCGUUGCUAUAUCUAUCCUCGGCAUAUGCUGGGCGGUGGCAUGCUGGAUCCCUUUCGCGAUCAUCAUGUCGUUCCUCAAAGAAAUGGAAGACGAAGCAGAAGAACAACGAAAGCAAGCUGCUACUGUCGCGCCUUAUCGCAGCCGGCCGCACCACCGCGUUGCCUCUGUCCCCUCUAAUCUUUAUAAGCAACGUAAUCAGCCUAAUGAACGAACGCAACUGGUUCGACGGCAUUCACUCAUGGGUGAGACGGGUGCUUUUAGUCAUGAUUUGCGCUACGUUGGCUCCGCACCCGUUGCGGGUGGAACCAUCUUGGGCAUUCACAAUCUGGCUAUCGUGUUUCCGCAGUUUUUAAUUGCAAUCAUCUCAUCUGCCAUCUUCCGUAUCACCGACAGAGGAUUGGAGCAUGAUCCACCAUACGUUUACUAUGGUAAAGACGGCGUUUCUUGGGUGCUUCGAGUUGGUGGUUGCUUCGCUUUGUUCGGGGCUCUGCUAUCACGUAUGGUGCCUCCUACUAAGACCGAGAAGGAAAUGAGACGCCGAUUAGCGGAUAUGAUGGCUAGUGAAGAGGAGAACCCAUAA